UAAAUUUGCUUUCCAAAAUGAUUGAAGUAGAAGUCAAGCGAUCGACGUGCCGUGUCGAGGGUUUGCUGACAAACGGGUUAGGAAAGUCAUUCAGAAAUUACCAACGGAUUAAAUUAGAUUUCGUAUUUAAAAGAGAAAUCGAAAUUCAGGUUAAUUUAGGUCAUCUGAAAUACAUCAACUGAAGUAUCAAACCUGCGUUGUUGGGACAGCAGUUACGAUCAUGCCUUGUCCUUUUUUGACACGAUUAAGCCAAAAUUAUGUACGAAAUUACGCUCCUGUUCUGGUGAAAAUGUACGCCAACCAGUGUCCCGUGGUGUCGAGGUCAAUUAACCAUACAGUAAAUUUCCCAGAUGUUCAAGAAAAUUUGUCUGUUGAUCAAUAUCCAUUUUUAAACGAAAUACCUGAUGCUGACAAAGGAAUUAAAACUGUGGAUCCAUCUCCAUUAAGUGUGAAUUUCAACCAGGGUUCAGAAUCUUUUGGUUAUGACCAAUUUUUCCAUGAACAAAUUUUGAAGAAGAAAAAAGAACAUUCCUAUAGGAUUUUUAAGAAAGUCAAUAGACUAGCUGGCCCCGGGCAAUUUCCAAGCGCCAUUGAAUAUUCAUCUGGAGCAAAAGCAGUUACUGUAUGGUGCUCCAAUGAUUACCUAGGGAUGUCCUGUCAUCCAGAAGUCAAAAAUGCAGUCAGUCAAGCCUUAGAGACAUAUGGUACUGGAGCUGGUGGAACAAGAAAUAUAUCAGGCAACUCCACUUUACAUGAAAAUCUGGAAAAAGCCCUGGCCAGUCUUCACCAAAAAGAAGCUGCUUUACUGUUCACUUCCUGUUUUGUUGCCAAUGACACCACACUAUUUACUUUAGCUAAAUCGCUGCCAGGUUGUCACAUAUUUUCAGAUGCUGGCAACCAUGCAUCAAUGAUCCAAGGAAUUAGGAACAGUCAGGUGCCUAAACACAUCUUCAGGCACAACGACCCCAUCCACUUAGAAGAUCUUCUAAAAAAAGUGGACAAGCACAUACCAAAAAUAGUAGCAUUUGAGACAGUACAUUCCAUGUCAGGAGCUGUUUGUCCUUUAGAGGAUAUAUGUGAUGUUGCACAUAAAUAUGGCGCCUUAACAUUUGUGGAUGAAGUCCAUGCCGUAGGCCUGUAUGGCAAUCACGGGGCUGGCAUAGGGGAAAGAGAUGGGGUAUUGGAUAAAAUGGACAUGAUCUCAGGCACUCUGGGGAAAGCAUUUGGAAAUAUCGGUGGAUAUGUAGCUGGAAAUGCUAAUUUAAUUGACAUGGUUCGUUCAUAUGGUGCUGGGUUUAUUUUUACUACUUCAUUGCCACCUACAGUCUUGGCGGGAGCAUGCAAGUCAAUAGAGAUACUGGCCUCAGAUGAAGGGAGACAAUUAAGGCACAAACACCAAGAAAAUGUGAAAUAUUUACGCGAGGCGUUAUUGAGAAAUGGUUUUCCAGUAGAACACACGCCAAGUCAUAUAAUACCCAUCAAAAUUGGUAACCCCGCGCAAUGUAGCGCGGUAUGUGAUACAUUGUUAAUGGAAAAAGGUCACUACAUACAAGCUAUUAAUUAUCCUACGGUUGCCAAAGGUCAGGAAAAACUAAGAUUAGCCCCUACGCCACAUCAUACGCAUGAAAUGAUGGACGGUCUUGUUAAUGAUUUAAAAGAAGUAUGGGUUCGUUUGGGGCUCCCCUUAACCGGUUCCCGUUGUCAGAAUGAAUGCCAGUUUUGUCAGAAACCCUUGUUGUUUGAUUUCUAUGAGUCCAGAAACAGAAGUUGCGCUACCGAAUUCCUAUGCAACAAGCCAAAUUGCCCACAGAUGGUAGCGGUCAUAUAAUUUUUUUAAAAUAUCGUUUUAAAACUUGGUUGCAAUUGUAUUUUCAUAAAUUUCUUAUGAAUCA